UCAGAGUUCAAAGUGGACGUGACGUCAGAGCGGGGCUCGUGGUUGGAAGCUUCGCGGGAAAACCUCUCAAAACAAAUCGGUUCCGAUGGUCGCGUGCUGAACUUCAGCCUCCGGUACCGUGAGAUCAGCGGUGUGACGUCACUGUCGGUAACGAACCAGUCCGAGGAACCAUUAGCUCUUCUGUUAGCUCCGGGCUAACGCUAAUCCGCUAGCUUAGCACUGAUCUGCUCCGGUCAGUGGAGCGGGGAACUCACGGUGACCAGUCCGGGAUAAAGAGUUGGUGACCGGGGAGAGUGAUGGCGGAGAGACCGGAAGACCUGAACCUUCCGAACGCGGUGAUCACCCGCAUCAUCAAGGAGGCUCUCCCAGACGGAGUGAACGUGUCCAAAGAAGCGAGACGAGCCAUCUCCCAAGCUGCCAGUGUGUUUGUGUUGUACGCCACCUCCUGGUCAUUGGACGAACACGCACAGUGUCCUUAUGCCGACGUCAUCAAUGUCUCGAGACCCUUCGGACAAAGUUUGACACAGUUGUGGUCAAUGGACGAAGACAAAUUAAGCAAAGUUGCAAAUAACUUUGCGAUGAAAGCCAAAAGAAAAACUCUGAAUGCAGGAGACGUGUUGUCAGCGAUGGAGGAGAUGGAGUUCGAACGCUUCCUGGAGCCGCUCAAAGAAUCUCUGGAGGUGUAUAAGAAGGGCCAGAAAGGAAAGAAGGAGGUGACAGAGCAGAAGCGCAAAGAUAAAGAGAAGAAGACCGACUCCGAGAACGACAAGAGCCGGGAGGAGGAAGAGGAGGAGGAGGAGGAGGAGGAGGAGCGGAUGGAUGAGGAGCCCCAAGCUGAGAAUGAAGGGGAGGAGGAGGAGGUGGAGAACUGAGGAGGUUUCACCAGAGCUCUGCUGACAUGAACCAUGAAAUACACUCCCUCCUCUGACGUGACCCCCCCGACGUGACGCGACCAUCAUCCAAUCACAGGGAAGCAGUGACAUCAGGUUUCAGAGGAGGAGGAGUUACAGACGUCCAGCUUCUGUCUUCCACACACACACACACACCCACACAAACACGCACACACACCUCGUUCCAUUUUGUGUUUAAUCUUUUUGUGGUAACAUUUAGAUAUUUGCGCUGUAUGAUUUCUUCUGUAACACAAUUUCUGGACCGGCCUGGCUGAACCCCUGUAGGUGUUCAUGGAACUAUUCUGAAUAUGAGUGUUCAUGUUGUUGUGUACAUGUUGUGUACCAGCAGCCAUUAAACAGGAAGUCGUCCCCUCCUCCGGCCUCAUGUUUGUGUGAGAGUAAACCAGACCAAAAGUAACACAACUGUGUCACUGAUGACAACAUCUGCAGUUCUUCUUCUCUUGUUAUCGUGGAGCUGCACAAAUGACGACCGGGUCGAACUCCAUCCAGAACGUGUCAUUGGACCAACACACUCAACUCAACCAAGCUCAUCAAGGUCCGAUCUUUAAAUAUGUAGAAGAACAAUUAUUUUUUCUGAACAUUUUUGGAAAAAGUCAGACGAGCCUGAUCUCACAUCGUUAAAGAUGUUUCUAAAAACCCGGAUCUGCUCGGUUUAUCAGACCCGAGACAGAAGUUCAUCUUCCUGCCGACGUCCCGUCCCUCAAGUUUCCAUAAAUCCAUUUCCUAGAGGACGUCUGAAAUGUUGGAGCAACUUUUAAACAUCCUGUGACGCAUCAACCUCCACAAGUUAUAAUAGUAAUUUAAAUUAAUGAAUCUGAACUAGACCUUAAACUGGAAAAAGUCAGAUCUGUAACUCAUAUGAUUUAAUAAAUAAGUGUCCUGACAUUUGAGCGUUACAAAUAUAAAUCACUCAGUUUUUCACAUCCUCUGAUAUUAAAUCUGAGAACAUGUUUGUUGUUGGACCGUCUCCGAUCCAGUAGCUGUGCAUUUAGGUUUUGUAUUUCUAGCUUUUUGAAACAUUUGUACUUACUCAGAUUUCAAUAAAUAUUUUGUAUGAAACUGAA